CCAGGGAGGUCAGAGAUCAUCUACAGUGUUUGUCCACUGAAGUGUGUGCGACAACAUGUUCAACAUUAGGUAAAUUAUUUCCAGACACACUGCUCUGUUCCACCCCUGGUAUUGGCAGCCCAAAAACCCAAACAGCCAAUGAAAGAGACAUGAGGGUGACCCCCACCCCAACGUAUACAGGUAGCUGUUCUAAAGACAGAAGGUGCUUAUCUGAGACUGGACACUGCAGUGAGGUUCAGAGCUGCCCUUUCACUCUGUCCAACCCUACUGAUCUUUCAUCUCUAAGUGUGACUGCACAGCGUACAGGAUGUCAAACCUGAAGGAGAUUUGUAGUGGGCUUCCCUUGGACCCUAUGCCUGUCAACCAGGGUCGAGAUCCCAGCAUACCACAUGCACCUGUCCGGACCCCCAACCUCACGCCAGAUGAGGAGCGGCUGGCCUUGAGGAACUCCCUGCGUUACUUUCCUCCUUCUCACCACUCCAUACUGGCUGCUGAGUUUGCCCAGGAGCUCAGACAGUAUGGACACAUCUACAUGUACCGUUUCUGUCCCCGCAUUCUCAUGAGGGCUUACCCAAUAGACCAGUACCCCUGUCGAACACGUCAAGCAGCCUCCAUCAUGCUCAUGAUAAUGAACAACCUGGAUCCAGCAGUAGCCCAGUAUCCUCAAGAGCUGGUCACCUAUGGAGGAAAUGGACAAGUGUUCAGUAACUGGGCCCAGUUCCGUCUGGUGAUGCACUACCUGAGUGAGAUGACAGAGGAGCAGACUUUGGUGAUGUACAGUGGUCACCCGAUGGGGCUGUUUCCCAGCCUAGCCUCCUCUCCACGUGCCAUCAUCACCAACGGAAUGGUCAUCCCAAAUUACUCCUCAAGAGAACAGUAUGAAAAGAUGUUUGCUCUAGGAGUAUCAAUGUAUGGUCAGAUGACUGCUGGUAGUUAUUGCUACAUUGGGCCUCAGGGGAUUGUCCACGGCACCAUGCUGACACUGUUAAAUGCAGGACGGAGAUACCUUGGGUCAGGGGACAUGCAGGGCCGUGUGUUUGUGACCUCAGGCCUGGGGGGCAUGAGCGGUGCUCAGGCUAAGGCAGCAGUCAUCGCUGGCUGUAUAGGAGUUAUUGCUGAGGUGGAUGAGGCUCCUUUGAAGAAGAGACAUGAGCAGGGCUGGUUGAUGGAGGUCACCAGUGAUAUGGAUCGAUGCAUCCAGCGCAUUAGAGAGUGUAAGACCACAAAUACUCCACUCAGUCUGGGUUACCAUGGCAACAUAGUGGACCUAUGGGAGAGACUGUUGAAGGAGUAUGAGUGUACAGGGGAGCUGCUUGUGGACCUGGGUUCUGACCAGACUUCCCUUCACAACCCCUUCAGUGGAGGCUAUUACCCCGUCCAGCUCACCCUCCGCCAAGCCAACCAAGUCAUGGCCACCGACCCCAGUCGCUUCCGCACCAUGGUGCACGAGAGUCUGUGUAGGCAGGUAGCAGCCAUCAACAAGCUGUCAGAUGCCGGAAUGUUCUUCUGGGACUAUGGAAAUGCCUUUCUUCUGGAGGCCAAGAGAGCUGGGGCAGAGGUAGAGAAGAGUGGAGGUGGAGCCACCGAGUUCCGCUACCCCUCCUACGUGCAGCACAUCAUGGGUGACAUAUUUUCCCUGGGUUUCGGGCCCUUCCGGUGGGUCUGCACUUCUGGGAAACCCUGUGACCUGGCGCUGACUGAUGACAUUGCCGCCACCGUCCUGGAGGAGAUCAGCGCAAACGUGACUGAGCGUGUGCGGCAGCAGUAUGAUGACAACAUCCGCUGGAUCCGUGAGGCGGGAAAACAUAAUAUGGUGGUGGGUUCCCAAGCCAGGAUCCUCUACUCAGACCAGAAAGGCAGAGUCUGCAUCGCCUUAGCCAUCAAUCAAGCUAUUGCUGAUGGAAGGGUUUCGGCUCCUGUUGUUAUCAGCAGAGACCAUCAUGAUGUCAGUGGCACAGACAGCCCCUUUAGAGAGACCUCCAAUGUGUAUGAUGGGUCAGCCUUCUGCGCAGACAUGGCUGUCCAGAACUUUGUAGGCGAUGCAUUCCGAGGAGCAACCUGGGUUUCCCUGCACAACGGAGGAGGAGUUGGCUGGGGUGAGGUGAUCAAUGGAGGCUUUGGCCUGCUUCUGGACGGAUCCAGAGAGGCAGCCAAGCGUGCCACUCUCAUGCUCAACUGGGAUGUGUCCAAUGGGGUGGCUCGGCGGUGCUGGUCUGGGAACUCUAACGCCUACGAGACCAUACAGCGCACUAUGGAGACGCAGCAGCAAUUGCGUGUCACUAUGCCCUUCCCUGUUCAAGAUGAAAAUGUGUUAGACCGUGCCCUACAGGGAUAGCCCACACCUAACUCAAAGAACACUGCAGAGACCAACUGUAACAAGCUUGUCAUUCAUGCCAAUCAACUUGAUAAAUGUAUAUACAUCAGAAGGAAACCCCCAAUGUAUGUUCAUCAACUGCCUUAGUUUAGUGAACUCGUUUUUAUUAACAAUA